AAAAUUUUCUUAUAUAAACACCUUGAGACAAUAAAAAUUUCUUCAAACAAAUUAAACAAACAACGAAUUAAUAACGCAGCACCAGAAGCGUAUGGCUAUAAACGUGACGCGGAAGCAGAAGCGUAUGGCUAUAAACGUGACGCAGAACCAGAAGCCUAUGGCUAUAAACGUGACGCAGAACCAGUCUAUGGCUAUAAACGUGACGCAGAACCAGUCUAUGGCUACAAACGUGACGCAGAACCAGAAGCAUAUGGCUACAAACGUGACGCAGAACCAGAAGCAUAUGGCUAUAAACGUGACGCAGAACCAGUCUAUGGCUAUAAACGUGACGCAGAACCAGAAGCAUAUGGCUAUAAACGUGACGCAGAACCAGAAGCAUAUGGCUAUAAACGUGAAGCCUAUGGCUACAAACGUGAAGCGGAACCAGAAGCAUAUGGCUAUAAACGUGACGCGGAACCAGAAGCAUAUGGCUAUAAACGUGACGCGGAACCAGAAGNGCUAUAA